AUAUUCAAGCUAGUUUUUUGGAAAAAAUUAAAAAAAAAAUAAUAAGAAAUUAAUGGUGUUGUUGUGUUGGUGGGUAAAGACACCAGACCAGACCAGACCAGACCAGAGUUAGCUGAGCUUCACCCUCGACUGGAUCUCUUCUCCUUCCUUCACCGCUUUGUUACUCCUACAUUCUCAACUCUCUCCACCGAUUUUACUAACUUGUUUUUAAAUUUUGAGGGAAGGGUUGCUAUUCUUGACUUAGUUGAGUGUAUUAUGACACUAUCUAUUGUAUUGCUACAGAAAGAAGUUUAAACUUUUGCAGAAAUGAGUUUUGUUUUCCGAGGGACUAGGGCAGAUAUUGAAAGUGGAUUUUCAGGAUUUGUGCCUGAACAACCUUCUGUGCGGAUUCAUACGGCCCGACCAGUAAAUACUAACUCACUGGCCUUUUUAGUCACUGUUCUCUUGCUAUUCAUGAUAUUGAAUUCUCAUCAGAUGUCACCAAACUUUCUGCUCUGGCUAGUCGUAGGUGUAUUUUUGAUGGCAACAAGCCUGAGGAUGUAUGCAACUUGUCAGCGACUACAAGCACAGGCUCGUGCACAUGCUGCAACUGCCAGUGGCUUGCUUGGUCAUACAGAAUUGCGGCUGCACAUGCCGCCAUCAAUUUCUUUUGCAACACGAGGGAGGUUACAAGGACUAAGGCUCCAACUUGCGCUUCUUGAUCGUGAACUUGAUGAUCUAGAUUAUGAUACUUUGAGAGCACUGGACACUGAAAAUACAUCUACAACUCAAUCAAUGACUGAGGAAGAGAUAAAUGCUUUGCCUGUUCACAAGUACAAAGUUGUUGGCCAAGAGAAGGAUGUCUCAUCAUUGCAGCAGGCAUCAACUUCUUCAGCCGCUCCUGAGCAGGACACCCGAAAGGAAGAUGGGAAAUUGAAGGCUUCAGAAAAUGAAUUGACAUGUAGCAUUUGCUUGGAGCAAGUCAGCAGAGGGGAGCUCAUUCGCAGCUUGCCAUGUUUGCAUCAGUUCCAUACCAGUUGCAUUGACCCUUGGUUACGUCAACAAGGCACGUGCCCUGUGUGUAAAUACAGAGUGGGGUCAGGAUGGGACGAAAGCAGCAGGGAGAGCGAGUCUGAUGGGUUAGAUAUGGUUUAAUGAUCAUUUUUAUUACCUAUCCAAUUGUCAUUUGUAUAACCAGUGAAUCAAGUUAUACGUGUCCUGUGUGUAAAUGUGUAUAGCCUCAAGUUAAUAUGGUCUUCUCGUAAUUGUUACUAUAUUUGUUUUAAUAAUUGUGGAUUGAAAAAAUGAGAAUCUUUCUGAUCGUGUAAUUCAAUGUGUUGAUUGAUUGGAGAGUUUGGUUUGCCGCUUGCCAGCCAGAUUGCUUCAGGCAUUUUAGAACA